GGCCGACUGAUGGCUCUCCUCUUUUAGCUCUGCUGUGGAAUCCGCCAAGCUUCACCACUGAUGUCCAAAAUGCACCGACCUGAUGCCACAGUGGAUGAUGCAGUGUUGCGGAAGAAAGAGCUGAAAGAUGUUGAAUUGGAUAAGAAAAUCAUAGCUUUGCGGAAAAAAAAUGAAGCACUUAUGAGAAGAUAUCAAGAAAUAGAAGAGGACCGAAAGCGAGCAGAGCAGGAGGGAAUGGCUGUCACCUCGAGGAGAUCCAGGGCAGAUGGCCUUACCAUCACCAUUACCAAAGCUCAUAAUGAGAAAAGAGUAGUGAGUGAAAAAAGGGGAAGCGGCUGCUCUGCUGCCUCAAGCUUUGGGAUUGGUAGUGAGGAGGAGGAAGAGGAGGAGGAAGCAGAUCAUUUGUUUACAUUCAGGAUGGGGAAGAGGAUGCAGCUGGCAGUUACCAUGGACAAUAAAGCCAAGGGGAAGCGGAUUGUCAGUGAAAAACGGGGAUCAGAGUGUCUUGGGAGCCCUGAGGAAGCCCCAGACAUCAGCGAAGAAGAGAUGGAUCAGCUCGUGGCUUUCCGCAGAGGAAGAAGGAUGCAGAUUGCGAUUACGAUGGAUAACAAAGGCAAGGUGCAGGAAAAAAGAACAGUGGAGAGAAGGUGGUCAGAGAGCGACAAGCACUCCGAAAAUGUUCUUGGCAGAAAGGAGAGAGGGAAAUCUCCCCAGAAGAGUCCAGGAGACAAGAGCUGUAUCCUGUCUGGAAAAGAGCGAUCAGAAUAUAUGCGGUGGAAGAAAGAACGGGAUCAGAUUGACCUUGAGCGACUGGCACGUCACAAGAAUGCAAGGGGAGAAUGGCGACGGGCUUGGGACAUAGAAAAAUCAGAGCGUCUGUUUGAAGAUACUAAGGAUGGGGAAGUAGCUUUGGAUUGUGUCCAUAGUAAGAAAGGUACUAGAAAUAUCAGGAAGUCCCAGCACCGAUCAUUGCCUUCUGAAGGAAAAGGUGGAGGACCACAUAGAAUGGGCACCAGUGAGCCUGCUUCCAGAACAUUGCCAGUAACGAGCAGUAAGGCCAAAGGAAAGGACCGUUUGACAGGCAGAGCCAGACGAUGGGAUGCCAAAGAAGCUGAGGACCUGCCCUUCGUAAAAGAUGAUCCUGAUAACCAGAGAUACCCUAGAACUGAACAACUGAAGAAUCAAACUCUCGUCAGCGAGGCAGUAAAGGAACAUAACUGCACAGCAGGGUUAGAUAAGAAUGUUAAGCCACGAGAGGGCCAUAACCACAGUCUUUUUGUGCCACAAACUCAAGGAUGUGGAAAGAGCCCAUUUGGAGGUGAAGAUCAGGGCGCCAACGGAAAGACCAAGAAGGGCUUUGCUCAGGAAAUGCCUGCAUUCAGCGUGGAUGACCCUGAGGCAGAGUACAAACUCAAUAAUACAAUAGCUGGUGUUGAUCUGUCCCCCAAAGGCCAUGCUGUGAACAGCAGCUCUUGCCAGGGGGUGGCCCAGAGGCUCGUGCAAGCUGCUGGAUGUGCCAUUAAGGAAAUCAAUUCCGUGGAAGAUGGCUUAGCCAGAAAUGUGUAUUCUGAAAAGAAUCCUAGUGAGGAGUGUGCAGAAAACCUCAGUGGGCUGCUGAUAAAGGCAGAAGCAGAUGAUGGAGACCAAGGACUGUCAAUGGUCAGGCAGACAGAAGAAAAGGUCCAAACUGUGGGCCUCAAAAGGCAAAGAAUCUCUGAGAAAGAAAGUGAGACCACUGCUGGCCUUGCAGACAGGAAGGAGUCCUGUUCCCUAAAGCAAGAAAUCCCAGACAGAACUAAUACAUUUGCACAGGAUGGAGCAGAAAUGAGGAACAGCAAACAAGACCAAUCUGAGACAUGCAAUAAGGAAGCAAAGAAUUAA